AUGUCCUUUCCUCUGCACCGAAACCCACCCUUUCGCGCCGAACACCUCGGCUCCCUCCUGCGCACCGAGAAGCUGCUCGACACGCGGCACGCCUGGGAGGCCGGAAAGGCGUCGGAGACGGCGUUGCAGGAGGUCGAGGAUGCCGACAUCAGGGACAUCGUGGCCCUGCAGCGCGAGCUGGGCUUCCACGCCCCCACCGACGGCGAGUAUCGAAGGCAUAUGUUCUGGGGCUCAUUUUGGCCCGGCCUCGAAGGCAUGACCGAGAUCGAACACCCGGACCCAGACCUUUUCCGCAUGUACAUCCCGGACAUCGCCGCAUUCACCGAGGAGGGCUACAAGCCUGGCGAGACCGUCCUGUGCACCGGCAAGAUCAGGCACAAGGGUAGCACCUACACCGCCCAGUUUGACUUCCUCAAGAGCCUGGUCCCCGAGUCCCAGUGGAAGAACCUCAAACUCACCCUUGCCGCCCCCAACUGGUAUCACCUCCGGUACAAGCAGGGCAAGGCCUAUCCCGCCGACGUGUAUAAGAACGAUGACGAGUACUUUGCCGACAUUGCCAAAGCGUACCAGGAGGAGUUGAGAAUUUUGUACGACCAUGGGUUGAGGAACGUACAGUUUGAUGAUCCCAAUUUGGCUUACUUCUGCUCCGAAGCCAUGAUCGCCGGCUGGGAAAAAGACCCUCUCAACACCUACUCCACCGACGAACUCCUCGCCAAGUACAUCGACCUGUACAACGCGUGCAUCUCGCAGAUCCCCUCAGACAUGCACGUCGGUGUUCACCUCUGUCGGGGCAACUUUGUCAACUCGCGUCAUUUCUCCGAGGGCGGCUACGACCGCAUUGCCACCCUGCUCUUCCAGAAGCUCAACAUGCACACCUACUACCUGGAAUACGACACUCCGCGGGCAGGUGGCUUCGAGCCACUCCAGCACCUCCCCAAGAACAAGAAUGUCAUUCUCGGCGUGGUGACAAGCAAAUUCCCCAAGAUGGAGGAUGAAGAUGAAAUGGUCAAGCGGGUCAAAGAGGCCGCGGGCUGGAUGUGCAAGGGCAGCGGCGAGAGCGAGAAGGAAGCACUCAACAGGUGCGGGGUCAGUCCCCAAUGUGGAUUUGCAAGCCAUUCGAGCGGUAACGCCGUCAAGAGAGCGGAUAUGGUCGAGAAGUUGAAGUUAGUGCGCAGAAUCGCUGACCGCAUCUGGCCUGGGGAGCCGUGA